AUGAGAGACCGUGGGAGCCCAAACAGCCAUUUUAAACCAUUCAACUUUUGCAGUCUUUUCCCCUCCACUCCACACUGCAGUGCCAGGAGAGAAUUACAUUUAAGUCUCGAGUGUUGUUCCUGGGGUGUCCCCCCCCCCCCGCAAUUAUUCUGAAAAAAGUUUAAUGAAACAAUGGCAGCUGUACCAUUCAGAUUCUUAUUACUUUCAUUCUUUACAAGUAUCCUGGGAGAUGCACAAUAUGUCAUGCAAGAUGUUGCACUGGUACAUUACGUUGACCGACGGAUUCUCUCAGUAGAGAACAGGCUGGAGAAGUGCAAUAGAGAUAUAGCGGACUUCGUACAAGAAUUUCGGGAGUUCUCUAAGAGGAUGAUGUCUCGCCUGGAAGGACUCAACAUUUUAAAAGCAGAACUUAAAAAUGACGUGGACUAUUUGCUAACAAGAGUGGAAAGAGCUCAAAGGGAUAUUGACUACUUUGAAUCAGCAAAAGAAUCUUCUAAUCCAUGCGUGGAAAUAGAUGAAGACCUUGUGGAGCAGCAGUUAAUUGAAGAGGAAGAGUCCAAAAGGAAAGUCAAGCUCAUGCUUAAUGCAAGUUGCAGCUACAUGCUUGCUGGCAUCAAAUCCCUAAAGAUAGUAAAGAAGGCUGGAGACACUGACGGCUCAUGGUUGAAAGACCCAGGCAAGAAUUACCAGAAGAUUUACUUCUUAACUGGGACAAAGAACAAAAUUGCUUUCGAGUUUGCAAACAUGCGUGUUUUCACUGAAAGCGGCGAGACGCAAUCUGCUCGGAGGGUUACCCUUCCCUUUCCCUGGCAAGGAACAGGCCAUACCAUAUAUAAUGGUUUUCUCUUUUACCAUAGACACGGCUCCUCAAACGAGCUAAUCAAAUUCAAUAUUCAAAACAGGAACAAAACCGGCCAGAUGCUGCUGUCAGGUGUGGGUGAAACACCUGCCUAUGGUCUCAAUCCUUCUACUAAAAUCGACCUGGCUGUGGAUGAGUUGGGAUUGUGGGCAAUCUACACAGAAUCGGAUACUCACGGGAAACUAGUCAUUACUAAAAUUGACCCCGAAACCAUGACUGAGGAGCACACCUGGGACACCCCCUGUAAAAGCCAGAAUGCCGAAGCUGCUUUCAUGAUGUGUGGUGCGCUGUACGUUUUGUACAACUCACCCGCCGGAGGCACAUCUCGCAUCGAGUGCAUUUAUGACACUUUACAAAUGAUCAGUCCACAUGAAGUCCCCCUGCUUCAUUUCCCUAAACGUCAGACAAGGCAUUCCAUGGUGCACUAUAACUCCAGGGAAAAGCAGCUCUUUGCCUGGGAUAACGGGUCCCAGGUGAUUUACAAAUUCCUGACCAAGCAAAAAAGCUAA